AUGAGCCUCACUGCCGUGCAAGUGCCCGAUGGGCACACUCCGGCAGCAGCCUUUUCGUCUUCACUAGCCAAAGAGGACACUUCCCUUGCUGUCGUACAACCAAAUCCAGUCCCCAGAGGCACUGCAGAAUACGAGAAGCAGAGAGCCAACCUGCUCAACGCCUUUGCUGCCAAGGUUCCCGACGCGUACCGACUGCCCAUCGAACUGAUAAGCAACCCACCAAAAGACGUCACGGCGGUACCGUCGACCUGCGGAAUCCUCACUGCCAGCGAGAUCGACAUCACCGAGAACUACGAUGCGUCGGGUCUGGCCGAAGCGAUUGCCAGCCGAAAACUGACCGCCGUCGCCGUCGCCACAGCCUUUGCCAAGCGGGCCAUCAUCGCGCACCAAUUGACAUGCUGCCUUACCCAGUGGUUCAUGGAUGACGCCAUCGAGCAGGCUCGGCAGCUCGAUCUCUAUCAGGCUGAGCACGGCAAGACGGUUGGCCCCCUGCACGGCGUGCCGGUCAGCAUCAAGGAGCACAUUGCAAUUGCGGGGACCUCAGCGUCUUACGGCUUUCUCGGCAGCGCUGUCCAGAGCAGCGAGGACUGCCAUAUGGUGGCGAUCCUGCGCCGGCAGGGCGCCGUGCUGUACUGCAAGACGAACCAGCCCCAGUCGCUGAUGCAUCUCGAGACCGACUCGCACUUCGGCCGCACGCUGAACCCCUUCAAUAUUCACCUCUCGUCGGGCGGCUCGACCGGGGGCGAGGCCGCGCUGAUCGCCAUGAAGGGUUCCGUCCUGGGUGUGGGAACCGACAUUGGCGGUAGCAUCCGCGCCCCAGCUGCCUUUUGCGGCAUCUACGGCUUCAAGACCACGAGUCGCAUGUUGCCUAUGGACGACUACUUGCUCGAGACUGUGCCUCCUGAGCUGAACAUCCUCGUCGCCACGGGCCCGAUGUGUCGUAGCCUGCGAGAUCUCGACCUCUUUAUGCGUGUCGUCCACGAGGUCCAACCCUGGCUUCUCGAACCUGCCAUCAUCCCGCUACCCUGGACUGGCCUCCAGACACCUCUGGCGGAUACUGGCCGACAGCAAGAGCAACGACGACUGAAGAUUGGCAUUGUGACCCACGACGGCUUCAUCGAGCCUCAGCCGCCAGUCAAGAGGGCGCUGGCCUGGGUCCGCGAGACUCUGCUUGCCCCUGGCCACGCAGCACUCGUCGAGGUCAAGGACUUUACACCCUUUGGUGCGGCCGAAGCCUGGCGUAAUGCCCGUCUGGCCUAUUACCCUGAUGGGGGCGCCGGGAUGCGCGACGGCAUUCUUGCUGCUGGAGAGCCGGUCCACCCGCUGAGCGAUUGGAUCUGGAAGGCCGCCGAGUCUCUGGGCCCUGUGUCAGGAAGCACGGUGGUGAAAUACCGAGACCAGCGCGACAGGUUUCGUCGUGCCUUUGCUGCGGACUGGCAGCGGCAAGAUGUCGACAUCAUCAUUGGGCCGACCUUCGUCGGGCCGGCUCCGGCACACGACACGGCCUUUUACUGGAACUAUACCUCGCUGUACAACUACGUAGAUUAUCCUGGCCUUGUCUUCCCGACCCCAGUCACGGCUUCUGAUGGUGAGCAGUACCAGCCCGGCUACUCACCUCUAAGCGAGGCCUGUAGCCAUGUCAAGUCUCUCUGGGAGUCAUCCAGUUUCAAAGGCGCUCCCAUAGCUUUACAAGUGAUUGCGCCACGAUAUCAUGAUAAUGAAUUGUUCGGCGCGAUGGCUGUCUUGAAGGAUAUUUUAAACCUGCCUUAA